AUGUUUACGACUAUACCUAUAGGUUCACAAUUGCAGGCCCUUUAUCGGCAUCCUGACAGCGCACAUGAUAUGCGCUACCUCCACAACCAAGUUCAGGAAGUUCUUGCAGGCCUUGCACAAACUGGAGAGAUCCCUGUUUUCGACAAUAUUGUGAUGGGACACAAUGCUAUUGGUGCUGUACUUGAUGGGGACAUCAAGGAGAACGAUAUUGUUCUGAUGGUGUCCCUGGAUGGUGCCCAGUUGUACGAGAGCAAACAAUCCGACUUCCAUGUCCACCCUGGUGGGUUCAUACCAGGGCCUAAUAAGCCGAAGAACUUGGAUUCCUUUCUCAUCGUGGGGUUGCAUCACCUCACAGCUCUUCAGAAUGAGGGCCCUGUUAUAUGGGACUCAUCUCGUGAUGUAACAUUCAUGUCUGAUCUUUACCUCAUCUUCAUGACUGCAGAUGGACCCAGACUCAUCUACUGGGAUGGGAUGGUGGGGCACAGCAGGAAGAAUGGAUGUUGA